UUCUCUAUCUGCAACCACCAACCUUCAGCAAGCCAACCUCGACAUCUCCCAUCCAUACAUCUCUAGCUCAAGGCUCUCCUAGAUCCUUAAACGCCUCAAAAAAAGCCAAAACCAGAAUAAAACCCAAUCGAAUCGCAAUGUCCUGAGCCGGGCCCGUCGUGAAUCCUACCUCCCUCCCUCUCCUCUCCUGGCUCGUCUGGCGCACGCCCGCUCCAUGGACGACUACACCGCCGAGGUCAUCGCCAGUGGCGAUGCGGCGCGCUCCUCGCCCACCCGCAACCACAAUGAGUCUGGUGCCUCGACGCCCCGGAGCGGCAGCGGCCUGCGCGGCGGCUUCGCUGCCAUACGCGAGAAGGCCGGCUUCCAGGACCGCCUGAUGGAGAGGUACGUUCAGCGACGCGCCCCCGUCCACCACAUACACACACGUACACAACACUCCCUACGCGCCCCAAUGGGGGCUUAGUAAUACUUGACGAGGCGGCGGAAGUCUUGAGAACACGAAGAAAUUGGUGCUAAACAUGCGGUGCUCGUGAUUCUGCUUUAGACUCCUCCAGCAAGUGAUUCCAACCGACGACGACCACGGGUCCGACGCGCCCAUCGUGGCGCCCGAGGCCAGCGACUCGGCGUUUGUGCAACGACCGUCGUUCAACCUGACCACCAUGUCGUACAACUUCCGACACUUCAACGCGCGCAUAGGCGUCGUCUUCCAGUUCCAGGCCGACGUCGAGCGCCUCCUGUCGUGGACCCGCCCCUCGCACACGCUGUCCUUCCUCGCCGUCUACUCCUUCGUCUGCCUCGACCCCUACCUCCUCCCCGCGCUGCCGAUGGUAUUGCUCGUCCUCGCCGUCCUCGUCCCCUCCUUCGUCGCCCGUCACCCCGCGCCCCCAAAGGGCACCCUCUCGAGCGAGCAGAGCAUGGGCUACUCGGCCAAGGGCCCGCCCCUCGCGCCUGCCACCACCGUCCGCCCGGCCAAGGAGCUCAGCAAGGACUUUUUUCGCAACAUGCGCGACCUGCAGAACAGCAUGGGCGACUUCAGCCACGCCCACGACAAGAUCGUCGAGCUGCUCGUCCCUGUCACCAACUUCAGCGACGAGGCCCUUUCGUCCACCGUUUUCCUGUUCCUCUGCGGCGGCGCCGUCGCCAUGACCCUCGCCUCCCACGUCGUCCCCUGGCGCCUGCUCUUCCUCGCCGGCGGCUGGGCUCUCGUCGUCUCCGGCCACCCGGCCGUGAAGCCGCUCCUGGCCGCCCAGCACCAGCAGCACGUCCAGCCGCGCGAGGAGCGCGCCAAGACGUGGCUCGACCGCUGGAUCGCCGACGACGUGAUCCUCGACUCGGCGCCCGAGACGCGCGAGGUGGAGAUUUUCGAGCUGCAGCGCAUGUCUGACGACGCGUGGCGCCGUCCUGCGCGCCGCGGCGACGGAGGAGGAGGAGGAGGAGGCGAGUGGGAGCCGUGGCUAUUCUCUCCCUCGCCCUACGACCCGCUCUCGCAGCCGCGCAUCGCCGGCGAGCGGCCCCGCGGCUCGCGCUUCUUCGAGGACGUUUUGCCGCCGCACGGUUGGGAAUGGAGCGAGAAGAAGUGGGCGCUCGACCUCUGGAGCAGGGACUGGGUCGAGGAGCGCAUCAUCACGGGCGUCGAGGUCGAGACCGAGGGCGAGCGCUGGGUGUACGACAUCUACGACGACGGCGAGGACCUGCGCACGGGUGUGGUGGAGGAGCAGCACCAGCAGGAGAAGAGCGAGGCGGGCGGCAAGCUUCCCAAGGCGAGGCAUCACCCACCGCCGAGCUGGGAGGAGGGCGAGGACAGCAGCGAGAGGAGGGGCCGAUGGCGACGGAGGCGGUGGGUGCGGCUAGUCAAGAGGAGGGCGGCUCCCGCGACGGUGCUUUCAUGAUAUCUUGUGCGUGCACACGCACACAAUACGGAACUGACUCUACGAUACGGCGUUUUGAUACUUGACACAGGAGAGACAUUCAUCAUGUUUAUUUGAGAGCAAAGUCACCUGUAGUAAAUUUGUUGGCGGUGGUAGCAGCAGCAGCAGCAGCAGCAGCAAGAGUGGUAUAAAGAGUGGUAUAAAACGCUGGCC